ACGUUUUUCGAAACAAUUGUGCAAAGUGCUGUAAUUUUUUGGAAGAAAUUAUAACAAAAAACGUAUUUUAUCCUCUAUUAAAUGUUUUAAAUCAAGUAUAAGGUUAUCCUGGCUUCUUUUCAUACUGCAAAACGCAUAUAACACUAUUAACUGUAAACAUAAAAAAUGGAGUCUUUGGACAUCACGCUACAAUUGGGACAGAUGCUAUUGGUGCAAACAGCCAGUGAAUUAUUGACAGGCACAUUAAAGUUUGUUGAUCCAAAACGCAGAAUAAUUGAAUUAGAGAACCCUUAUGACCAACGUUCAAAUUGUCAAUAUAACACGCCGCAAAUUUUAGCUUUUCCUCAAAUUAAAAAGUUACAGAUUAUAAGAGAAGAUGAACCUUCGAGUAACUCAAAUAGUUGCAGUGAUUCGACUACAUCACCUACAUCAUCAGAAAGUCCCACUAGCUACAAUACAGCGCUGAGGUCGCCAACUUCGUCGACAGAAAGUAAGCUUGCAUCAUCAGAAGAAAAUGAUAUUUCGCUUAGUACAUCUGAAUUAGAUCUGAUACACGAGCAACUAAAUUCGAUGGUAUGCAUUACGCAGACUGAUCAAAAAUAUCACAAAGCAUUAGCAGACAUUCGUGUUCAACCAGUUGUUGCACUUAUUAUCGAGCCGGUGGACUAUGGUCGCGCUCAUCGCACAUCCGUGAUGGUACUAGCCACGUUUCAAACCGUCUACAUAUUCGACAUUAUCGCAUUGGGCAGUAUAUUUCGGGAAAUGAAGCAUCUACUUGAGGCUGAGAGACCACGCAAAGUGGUACAUUAUAGCCAUAAACUAGUUGAUCACCUUAAAAAUCGCCACGGCGUUAAAUUAGGUGGAAUUUUUGAUACUUUUGUAGCGGUAUCUAUCAUAAGAGGGAUCAAAGAACCAUUGACUUUAAUAGAAGCUGUAGAGAAGAUAUUAAAUGUAACGCAAAUCUUCUUUCACCCUGAGGCGGAAAGCACUUUGACCAACGACCCGUACAAACGGCCGCUGACAUUAGUAGUGCGCCUACUACUGGCAAAGAAAGCAAUAAUGCAAUUAAAAUUGCAUGAACAUCUUCUUCAUAAACACAUGCUGAAAAAUUUCUACAAUCAAUGCGAGAUAUUUUCAAAAACAUUUUGUGAAAGUGAAGAUGCCACUACACCUUUGGAAAUGCAACGUAAGAGUCGAGCUGGCUUUCAGCACAUAAAACGUAGUGCAAAAGAUUUUGAUUUCAAAUUCAAUGAAUUAGCAGAAUGAGAAGGAAACCCUUUUCGUGGUGUUCAAUCUUUUGUAUAUUUAGAGUAAAUACAAAUUCAAGUUUUUGCGAUGCAGAUAGUUUUUAAUUAACUAACCAUAACUAAAAGUAGUAAAUCAACAUCGUGCAUAAUGAUUAUUGGCUGUGAAAAUUAGCUUUGAAACAUUACAAUCAACAAUCAAUAUUGCAUUUAAAUGUUUAAUGUGUUCAUUUACUAUUAAACGAAGAAAUAAAAACAGAUAAACAAAUUUAACCACAAUACCAUAACUAGUGAAAUAAUAUAAAUUAAUAUUGUGCUUACAAAUUAACGUCACAGCAGCAAAAAGGUAAUUGUCAUCAGAAGGGAUUUCAAAGCGAAAGGAGCAAGGGCAUCUCGUUGUUGGAUCAAGGCCGGAUAUUUUAUUGAAGCGUUGAAUUCUAAGUGAAAAAAUCUAAGGACAUGGCAUUAGGUUUUUGCUGCGGUGGCGUUAUUACGUAAGAUCCAUUAUUAUUAAUAAAAUAUUUCA